GGUUUUUAAAGAAGCAAAUUUCACAGUUUGUCACCUUUUGACUCUUCAGCUUCAGAGAGGAACACAAUCUGAUGCUCAGGAUGUGGCGUCUCUGUGUGUUGUUCGCUCUGCUGUCCGUCACCUGCGGCCGCCCGCAGCUCUCCGCAUGGUCUCAUGAAAUGGUGAACUUCAUCAACAUGGCCAAAACCACCUGGACGGCGGGUGUGAACUUUGAGAACGUGAAGUACGAACAUCUGAAGUCUCUCUGCGGGACGAUCCGGAACGGCCCACGACUGCCUGAUACGGUGAGACACGCCACCAACAUGAAACUUCCUGACAACUUCGACGCGCGGACGGAGUGGCCGUACUGUAAGACCAUCAGUCUGAUCCAGGAUCAGGGCUCCUGCGGCUCCUGCUGGGCGUUCGGUGCGGUCGAGGCCAUCUCUGAUCGCAUCUGCAUCCACAGCAAAGGGCAAGUGUCGGUGGAGAUCUCAGCCGAGGACCUGCUGUCCUGCUGCGACGAGUGUGGAUUCGGGUGUUCUGGAGGUUUUUCAUCAGUAGCGUGGGAUUACUGGACUAAAUCCGGUCUGGUGACUGGAGGACUUUAUGGCUCUAACGUGGGCUGCAGACCGUACAGCAUCGCGCCCUGCGAGCAUCACGUGAACGGGACGAGGCCGCCGUGCUCAGGUGAGCAGGACACACCUGAGUGUAACGCCGCCUGUAUUUCUCAAUACAGCGUCUCAUACAAACAGGACAAACAUUUCGGAUAUAAAGCGUAUAACGUUCCCUCGGACCCGCAGCAGAUCAUGACUGAGAUUUACACUAACGGGCCGGUGGAGGCUUCUUUCACCGUCUACGAGGACUUUCUGCUCUACAAGAGCGGUGUUUACCAGCACUUGACCGGUUCUGAACUGGGCGGUCAUUCUGUAAAGUUCCUGGGAUGGGGAGAAGAGAACGGGACGCCGUACUGGCUGGUCGCAAACUCCUGGAACUCCGACUGGGGCGACAAAGGUUAUUUUAAGAUCCUGAGAGGCAAAGAUGAAUGUGGGAUCGAGAGUGAGAUUGUGGCUGGUGUUCCUCAGCCCUGAACACACACACACAUCAUUCAAUGAGCUCAACAGCUGAAUUAAUUUCACAUCACUGACUGCAUAAUGCAUGUUCAUCUUACUGGAAAAAAUAAACAGAAAUAAAUCUG